GGAAGUGGGCGGGGGCCGCGGGUUCAGUGGUAGAGUCGCCGGCGGCCGUGAGGCGCUGGCCUGGUGGGAAUCCCCGCGGGUCGGACCGGGCCGGGCCGGGCCGAGCCGGGCUGGGAUGAGCAAUGGCAUCUGUCAAGGUGGCCGUGAGAGUCCGGCCCAUGAAUCGCAGGGAAAAGGACUUGGAGGCCAAGUUCAUUAUUCAAAUGGAGAAAAGCAAAACAACAAUCACAAACUUGAAGAUACCAGAAGGAGGGACUGGGGACUCAGGAAGAGAACGGAUCAAGACCUUCACCUAUGACUUUUCUUUUUAUUCUGCUGAUACAAAGAGUCCAGAUUACAUUUCACAAGAAAUGGUUUUCAAAACCCUUGGCACAGAUGUGGUGAAAUCUGCAUUUGAAGGUUAUAAUGCUUGUGUCUUUGCAUAUGGACAAACUGGAUCUGGAAAGUCAUACACUAUGAUGGGAAAUUCUGGUGAUUUAGGCUUAAUACCUCGGAUCUGUGAAGGGCUCUUCAGUCGGAUAAAUGAAACCACCAGAUGGGAUGAAGCAUCUUUUCGGACUGAAGUCAGCUACUUAGAAAUUUAUAAUGAACGUGUAAGAGAUCUACUUAGACGGAAGUCAUCUAAAACCUUCAAUUUAAGAGUUCGUGAGCAUCCAAAAGAAGGACCUUAUGUUGAGGAUUUAUCCAAACAUUUAGUACAGAAUUAUGGUGAUGUGGAAGAACUUAUGGAUGCAGGAAAUAUCAAUCGUACCACAGCAGCAACUGGGAUGAAUGAUGUCAGUAGCAGGUCUCAUGCCAUCUUCACCAUCAAGUUCACUCAGGCAAAAUUUGAUUCUGAAAUGCCAUGUGAAACUGUGAGUAAGAUCCACUUAGUUGAUCUUGCCGGAAGCGAGCGUGCAGAUGCCACUGGUGCCACUGGGGUCAGGCUCAAAGAAGGGGGGAAUAUUAACAAAUCUCUCGUAACUCUGGGAAACGUCAUUUCUGCCUUAGCUGAUUUAUCUCAGGAUGCAGCAAACUCUCUUGUAAAAAAGAAGCAAGUUUUUGUGCCUUACAGGGAUUCUGUUUUGACUUGGUUGUUGAAAGAUAGCCUUGGAGGAAACUCUAAAACCAUCAUGAUUGCCACUAUUUCACCUGCUGAUGUCAAUUAUGGAGAAACCUUAAGUACUCUUCGAUAUGCAAAUAGAGCCAAAAACAUCAUCAACAAGCCUACCAUUAAUGAGGAUGCCAACGUCAAACUCAUCCGUGAGCUGCGAGCUGAAAUAGCCAGACUGAAAACACUGCUUGCUCAAGGGAAUCAGAUUGCCCUCUUAGACUCCCCUACAGCUUUAAGUAUGGAGGAAAAACUUCAGCAGAAUGAAGCAAGAGUUCAAGAAUUGACCAAGGAAUGGACCAAUAAGUGGAAUGAAACCCAAAAUAUUUUGAAAGAACAAACUCUAGCCCUUAGGAAGGAGGGGAUUGGAGUUGUUUUGGAUUCUGAACUGCCUCAUUUGAUUGGCAUUGAUGAUGACCUUCUGAGUACUGGAAUCAUCUUAUAUCACUUGAAGGAAGGUCAGACAUAUGUUGGUAGAGAAGAUGCUUCAACAGAGCAGGAUAUUGUUCUUCAUGGCCUUGACUUAGAGAGUGAGCACUGUGUCUUUGAAAAUGUUGGGGGGACCGUGACUCUCAUACCCCUGAGUGGGUCUCAGUGCUCCGUGAAUGGUGUUCAAAUUACGGAGGCUACACAUCUAAAUCAAGGUGCUGUGAUACUCUUGGGAAGGACCAAUAUGUUUCGCUUUAACCAUCCGAAGGAAGCUGCCAAGCUCCGGGAGAAGAGAAAGAGUGGCCUUCUGUCCUCCUUCAGCUUGUCCAUGACCGACCUCUCAAAGUCCUGUGAGAACCUGUCCGCAGUCAUGCUGUAUAACCCUGGUCUUUUCCCCAUAAAAGGACCCAUCUGUCUAAGACUUGAAUUUGAGCGACAACAGCGUGAAGAACUUGAAAAAUUAGAAAGUAAAAGGAAACUCAUAGAAGAAAUGGAGGAAAAGCAGAAGUCAGACAAGGCAGAGCUGGAGAGGAUGCAGCAGGAGGUGGAGACCCAGCGCAAAGAGACAGAAAUCGUGCAGCGCCAAAUCCGCAAGCAGGAGGAGAGCCUCAAACGCCGCAGCUUCCACAUUGAGAACAAGCUCAAGGAUUUGCUAGCAGAGAAGGAAAAGUUUGAGGAGGAACGGCUGAGAGAGCAGCAGGAAAUUGAGCUGCAGAAGAAGAGACAAGAGGAAGAAAGCUUUCUGCGUGUCAAAGAGGAGCUCCGGAGACUCCAAGAACUCAACAACAGUGAGCAGGCGGAGAAGAUUCAGAUAUUCCAAGAGCUGGACCGUCUCCAGCGGGAAAAAGAUGAACAGCACGCCAAGCUGGAACUGGAGAAAAGGAGACUGGAGGAGCAGGAGAAGGAGCAGGUGCUGCUUGUUACCCACUUGGAGGAGCAGCUGCGAGAGAAACAAGAGAUGGUUCCAUUGCUGCGAUGCAGUGAGGUCCAACGGGCAGAGGAGGAAAAGAGGGACCUGGAAGACAUCAGGGAAGCCCUCCUGCGGGCCAGGGAAGCUGGGGCAGGAGGGGAGGAGGAAGAUGAUGAGCAUCUGGAAAAAGCUCACCUACAUUUCUUGGAGUUCAAGAAAAGGCAGCUUGUCAAACUAGCUAACUUGGAGAAAGACCUGGUCCAGCAGAAAGACCUCCUGAGAAAAGAAGUCCUAGCAGAGCAGGAAACCCUCCAGCGCUUAAAAUGUGAAAAUGAGGAGCAAUCUAAGUGGUUAGCAAAAAAUGAUGCUAGUGUCACAAGUGUCUCACAUGUGGCUGGAGAUUUAGAGAAAAUAAAGCCAGCAGAGUACAGGCUACAAUAUAAAGAACGCCAGCUACAGUACCUCCUGCAAACUCAUCUGCCAGCUCUGUUGGAAGAAAAGCAGAGAGCGCUUGAAAUCCUUGACAGAGGUCCUCUGGGCUUAGACAACACUCUUUAUCAAGUAGAAAAAGAAAUGGAAGAAAAAGAAGAGCAGCUCGCGAAAUACCGAGCCAGUGCAAGCCAGCUGCAGCAGCUCCAGGCCACCUUUGAAUUCACUGCCAAUGUGGCACGACAGGAAGAAAAAGUGAGGAAGAAGGAAAAGGAGAUUCUAGAAUCACGGGAAAAGCAGCAGAGAGAGGCACUGGAGCGUGCAGUGGCCAGACUGGAGAGAAGGCACUCUGCUCUGCAGAGGCGCUCUACCCUGGGCCUGGAGACAGAAGAGCAGAGGCAGAAGCUUGCUAGUCUCAACAGUAGCACCGAUGUCCUGGAAGCUCAGCAGGAGGUCCUGGAGAAGGACCAGGAGAGGUUAGAACAUGAAAUCCAGCAACUAAAGCAGAAGAUUUGUGAGGGAGACAGUGUUCAAAGAGGUGACCAUGGGACCCUGGAGAGGAAGGCUGCUUCUUUCAGCUUGCUACCCAGUGCUGAAAAAUCUCACCUGGCUCCCCUGAUGGAUGCCAGGAUCAAUGCUUACAUUGAAGAAGAGGUCCAAAGACGUCUUCAGGAUUUGCAUCAUGCUAUUGGUCAUGCCAGCAACACAUCUGCAGAUAUGAUGAAGGAUAAUGAGAAACUUCACAAUGGCACCAUUCAACGUAAGCUAAAAUAUGAGAAAAAUCGGUUUUGGCCCACUCAAUAUCUUGUCCCACUUCUGCCCAAAGAUGCCACUGGUACUUCUAGCAUCAUUAGAGAAGAGAGGAGGGAGGAGGAUCAGAGCAGUCACUGGAGUCAUCCCAUGCAACAGAGAAUCUUAGGCUCUAGAGCUUCCUCCUCAACAUCACAAGAAAGAAGGGAUCAGUCCUUAGUACCCAAGGAACUGCAGGACAGUGGUUACAAAUAUUGUUGUCCUGAGUACUCUGGCCAUCUUGAACCAAAAUGUUUUCAUCUACCUGAAAUCUUUUUCCUUAAGGAAAACGUAACCAAUGAUGGAGAAGAUUUUCAGAGUAAGUCAGAUAAUUUCAGUGAGUUGAUGACUCACAAAGAUGAACACAACUUGGGAACUGAGUCCAGCUGGACAUUGCUGCUACAGAAGUCCCAACAAGUGUCUAUAAAUAGCAGAAGCAAGCAGGCCAGGCAAAGCAGGGUGCUCUGCUUUGUCCUCUCUGAAAGUGUUUCUCAUGAAGAGAGCACAUCUGGGAGUGCUUCUCAGAGCACAACGGCCCCUGAGUUUUGUUGUGAACAGCAAGAUGAGAAAGAGUUAUCUGCUGAAAAGAAUAGCUCUCCGUCAUCGCUGAUAACUAUUAGGACAGAAGGAAACAACAGGCUGGGAUAUUUUUACCACAAGUUCUCAGCUCUUUAUAAAGAUACUAGCAGUCACCUGCUACAGACUGGCACAAAGAUGAUUCACCAAGCCAAGCAUGUGGGGACUCUGUGUGACCCAAGUGGGCUCACCUCCCAUGUGACAACAUUCAUCAGAAGUUUGCCAUUUCUGAAGCACUUGCCCCUGGACAUGCUUUUGAAGUCACGUGUGGUGCCAUCCGGAUCUCAUUGUUUUCCUGAAGCUCAGGUUGGCAGCAGCAGCAGCAACAAAGAGGCAAGGAGUCUGAGGCCAGAAAAGAGCCCAGAGCCUUACAGGGCCUCCACCUUCACAUCUGCAGCUUUACCAGGUUCCUUGCCAAGUUCAGUUUUCUGCCUUGACUCAGAAGAUGCUAGAAAGAGCUCUGCAUUUAAGCAGACCCUUGUGCAAUUCCCAGACCAAAUGCUGAAAUUUCAAGAAUACUCUUUAAAAGACUUUCUUGAGGUUGUGACUUGUUCUCUGCCAGAACCUAUAGGUGAUGUGAAGGACAUCAAAGGCAUUUACUGGCUUGCUGUGGCUAACUGCAUAGAACCUGACCCCCAGCCAGCAUGUUUGCUCCUCCUUCAGUCAACUUUAUACUCUUUGGUUCUGUCAGAUAAGCACACAGGCUCAAUGGACAUCUUUCAUGUUCUAUCUCUUUCUGGACUACAAGAAAUUCAGAUUGGUUUUGGUGGGCAAAGCAUUCGAUUCCUGGGAUCCACGGAGGCCCUUCUGCUCACUGUGUUUAGUUACAACAAAAAUCUCUCUCAACAGUUAUGCCGUGACCUCCUGUGUGUCCUGAUGUCAAAGUCUGAAGCUGCUGCCUUUGAGAAUCAUCCUCUACUCCAACAAGAUCUAGUUCAGCUUUCUCUGGAUUGGAAAGCAGAAAUCCCUGAUUUAAUUUUGGCAAAUGGAGUCCAUUUGUCAUCCAAAUUCCAGACUACCUUGGUUGACAUGGUUUACUUUCUUCAUGGAAAUGUGGGAGUCAAUAUCCUUUCUCUGGCAGAGGUUCAAUUACUGCUCUACACAACGGUCAGGGUUGAGGGCGAGCCCAGCAAUGACCAGUGUCAGUCACUUGUCCUUCUGAAUACCCACAUUGUGCUUAUGAGGGAAGAUCGUGUGUUUUAUCCACAUACACCAUCUCUGAACACACUUCCUCCACGUACACAAUUUGAUGUGAUCAGAUGCUGUGCUUUAAGUGAAUUCAGGUGUGUUGUUGUUCCAGAGAAGAAAAAUUUAUUAACAGUAGAACUUGUCUUCUUGCAGAAACUUAGGCAUUCAUCAGUUUCAGGAAAUAGCACUUCUGCACCCUUUCAAGAAGGCCCAGGUGUCCAGUCGUUUAUGAACCCAUUGCAUCUCCAGGGUAGUCAGCAUGGGGCACCUGAAGUCUGGAAACUGACUUUCAAUUCUCAAGAUGAAGCUCUUUGGCUAAUCUCACAUUUGACAAGACUCUAGGAAGGAGACUUUUAAAGAUGCAGUACAUUUUCUGAGAUCUUUAAUAAAAGGGAAAACAGUCAAGGGAAUACAAAUAUCUUGGUGUAGCUAAUCAAAUUGGAAUUGGGAAAAAGCAGACCUCCGAAGUUUAAUGUAAAUAUUUGAAAUAUCUGCUAUAAAAUGAAAAUACCUGAUUGCAGAGGACUGAUAAAAUAUCUUUAUGACCACCUGCUUUGUUUUCUUAAAACUCAGGCUUGCAAAUUUGCAUCCACCUCAUCAUUUGUCAGAUGAUUAAAGCAUUUCUGAUUGUUUGGCUUCGUGUUGAUUUAUAGUCUGGUGCACUGGAAUCUGUCUAGGCCUGCUAGCUUCUAGCAGGCUAAUUUGUGCUGCCUGAAAAAGUGCCCAGUCUGGCAGUGACCUUCAUUGACAUCCUCCAUUCCAGCUGUGAUUAGGACAGUGAUGUGGCAGAACACAUUAGUGCUACACCAUGCUUCCUGUAAGGACCCAGGUUUUACAUGUCCUCCCAUCACUGCGGGACAUGGAGUGGAGCCAGCAGUGCCUGUCCUACACUGUUGUCUUCCCCAACUAAUUGCCUUUUCUUGCCUUCUUUCGUCCUUCUCGACUAUUCUCUUUCAACCAGUGUGAUUUCAGCUCCUGACUUGUCAGUAGUUUUUAGUACUCUUCUCCUAGUCUCCAACCCCAACUUCCAUCACAUUCUAGUUCUUUCUCUGAAUUUCUGUAUUUCUGUCCUAGAAAGACUUGUCAUCUUAAAGUCUAGCUUUUUCUAAUGGCUUCUUUCUACUGUCUUGUCAAAUAAACAUAUGGUUGCCUCCAAAGUGCAUUCAGCACUUUUCCCUGGCUUUUCUCCCUCUUGCCUCACACCAAACCCAUCAUUUGUAUUUGAAAGAGGUGUUCUGCUGGUCUGAAGCAAGUUCACAUUUUUACCUGCCUGAGGAGGAUCUUCUUUCCACUAAGCAAGUCAGUGGUCAGCAUCCUCUCUCAGAGGCUCCUAGCUCUCCCCUACAAGAUCUCUCUCUCUUCUUACCCACCCUUUCUGUCUAUAGGAUUCAGUAGUACUGUGAGCAACCAGGGAUAACACAUCCUAUAUUUAUUUUUUAUUUCAUCUGGCCCUAGUUGCUUGGCCAUUGUUCUCAUACCUCUGCUAAAUUCCAGAAUCUCAGAAGGGAGGAGCUCUGCCUCUUUUGAUCCAUCCAGUCUACUUCCAUUCUCAGCUGGGAUCAUGCUCAGCCAUGAUAGCUACUCUGCAGUGUGGUGCACAGUUGAGUGAAUCAGUGAUUUUACUCACCUGCUCAUUUUAGCCCUGGCACCCAAAGGACAUUUUCUGUUCUGGUCAAAUCUUUGGGAAAUGUGCACCACGAAUGUACCCCUUCUUGAUGACAGGGACAGUCGCAAAAUUUAACCCACUCUGAAACUUACCAUCUUCUGAGACCAGGAAGUGCAUAGCUUCCCUCCUUCCAUCAUCAGAGCUAAUGACAAGUUACUGAGCUGAUUCUACAUUUUCACCUAUUUUUUCUCCUCUAGUCUCUAGGGAAGUGAAGAGGAGAACACAAGCACUUGGUUGGAUAAUAUGCUAUGAUCCACAGACUGGUGCUAUAGCUUUGUUUGCUCUAGACCAAUGGAGGCUUUUUGAUUUUGAGUCAGUUGAAUUCUCUUGUUUUUAGGUGGAUUAUUGUCAUUUCCAAAGCACCCCUCUUUCAUACAUGCAUACCUUAUUGCCUCAUACCUGAAGGCUUUUAACUCUACAUAGAGGUGUUAUGGUUUGGCUAUGAGGUGUCCCCCUAAACCUUCUAUUAAUGCAGAAAUAUUCAGAGGUGAAGUGAUUAGAUUAUGAAAGCUAUUACCUAACCAUUCCAUUCUUGCUUGAAUGGACUGCUGGAUGGUAAUUGUAGGCUGGUGGAAUAUAAGAGGGUCCCUGAGGUAUGCCCUAGAAGGUGACAAUUUCCCUUUGACCUCUUUUAUCCUCCCCCUCCUUCUGCUUCCUGGCUUCACCAUGAGCUGAGCAACUUCCCUUCAUCGGGUCCUUCUGCCAUGAUGUUCUGCCUCAUCUUGGACCCAGAGCAAUGGAGUCUGCAGUCUAUGGACUGAGACCUCAGAAAUUGAGCCCCACAUAAACUUUUUCUGACUCUAGGUUGUUUUUAUCAGGUAUUUUGUUCACAGCAACAUAAAACCUGACUAAAACAAGGUGAAUCUUUUUCGGUCUUGGAAAAAAUUCUUAAAAUCACCAGGAUACCUUUUAAUAUCAACACUAUUUCUACUAAUUUAUUUUCAUGUAUUCUUUCACUUUUCUCAACUAAUUUAUUUUCCAUUACUUUGUCUUAAAGUGUCCCAUUCCAUAUUUUCUUAUACAUCCCUGAUAAGAUAACCAGAAUUAAUGAUCAUUAAGACUAGAGAGUAGAAUUUAAAAUGCCAGCAUAGGGCUAACAAUUGAAAAAGGUAGCAAUAUACAGUAAUACAUUAUUUUUACAAAGAGUGUUAAAUAUUAAACAAACCAGACUUGCUUGUCCUCAUAGGUACAAAACCAUAAUUCUACCAUGUUAAAAAUAAAGGUCUUUAUUAUUUCUCAUAGCUGGAACAUAGAGCAAAUAUGAGCAUUGCAUAAGUUUGUGUUAAUCAUUAUGGCUUUUCCAGUCUGCUUUAUGAUCCAAGUAGGCUACAGUGGGAAUCUCACUACAUAAUAGAAGCAACCUACAGCAUUCAAAUUUUAUGUAUUACAUCUCUCAGCUAGGCAUACUCUGUACCUUGAGAUAAAAUAUGGUCCUUGGGAAUGAGUUUGAUUUACUAUCUGUGAAGUAGGUAUUAAGAUUGUUAUAAUGCCUGUAGAAAAUAGUGGAGUUGUUUUUACCAUUAUCUACCAAGAUGUCAGCCAUAACAACCUCCUUCUGGCUCAUUGUUCAGGAGUUCUGUACCAAAGACACUCUGUAGUAGAGCAGGUAUAACUCUAGGUAUUUGAUAAUGUAACAUCUCAGUUGUUAGGAGUUUCUGAAUCAGGAAGUAAUAGGUUCAUACAUACUUGGUUGUGUGGCACUUGCAUUGUUGUAAUAUAGGCAUAAACAUUUGCAUUUUGGGACUUGUUGAUACGUUCUAGACAAAGAUCUCUUUGAGUACUUUUGAAAUGGUUAUUUCAUCUAAAUUUGAUUAAAACCCAUUUUGCUCACAGCUGCCUAUCUCACAGGCAGAGUGAAUGUAUUUAGACUUUGUUGAAAAAACAUUUCAAAACAGUUUAUCUCCCCAAUCUCAUUUCUUUAAAAAUGUGCAUGCUUCCUGUUGGAAGAGAACACUUAAGUAUUCCAGCAGUAAUAAUUACAGCAAUUUUAAUUACAUUCUUUUUCCCAGACAAUUUAAAUCUUUGUAUGAUAAAAAGAUUUAAAUUAAGUUUAUUCAUGCUUUUUUGAUAGCUGGGCAGUCUUAUUGAAUGGGCCACUUUUUGAUGAGGUCAUUUUAUUAAUGAAGUUGAACAGUCUCCAAUAUGUAAUUUAGACACCUUGUUCCUCAAAACUUCUAUUGUAACAAAUGUUUUAUCAGUCAGCUAUUGCCAAGUAACAAACAGCACUCCAACACUAAGUCCCAUACCAAAAAGUUUUUUUUUUUUCCACUGCUGGUUUGCAAAUAGAUGAAAGUGGCUCUGCUGUUGGAUAAAAGUCAUCUUCAGCUCAGUGAAGGUUUUUCUUCCCCGUUUGUCUCAUUUGGGGGUUUGUGCUGAGGGAACAGUAGUCAUCAUGAUGGUGAAAGAAGUACAAAAGGGCAGCCAUGAAAUCCUCUGCUGGCAUCAUUGUCUACUAACUUCCUGUUGGCCAAUAUGAAUUACUAACAGAACCCAAAGUCAAAAAACAAGGAAGUAUAGUCUAUCCAUUAAGAAGCUCUGGCAAGACUAUGGAUGUUACCACUAUGAGGAGAAAAGAAUUAGGACCAGAAAUUUGGUCUGCCAUCGAUGCUUUAUGUCAAAGUUCCCAAAGCUUUUUUGAAGUUAAGGCUCAAAAAACUUAAAACUUAUCCGAUUUCUCCCUAUUGGGAACAUUCAGAAAUUGGGAAGAACAUAUGUUCUAGGAACUUUAAAGUUACCUGGUUCAACUGUUUUCUAAUUCAGUCUAUGCUUGAAUAUCUCCAUGAAAUGGGCUGAUCACUUCCUACCACUGAUUGAGUUUAUUCAUGGCAGAUUGCUCUUAUUGCUAGGCUGUUCUUUCUGUAAUCUCCUUAUACUGCUAUUCAUCCUCACAGUCUUGUCUAGCCAAAGCACCUUCUGUAACAAAUAAAGCCAGUCUAUUCUGUAUGUUGUAUUAUAUCACAACCCUUUGGAUGAUCCUCUCUCUGCCUCUGCUAAUUUUUUCUUCCUUCUUUUUAAUGCCCUUAGUCCCCACUGUUCCCUGCACAAUAGUUUUCGAACCAUUGUUGUCUAAAGUUGUGUUAAGGAUGCACCUUUGUAAUUUGUUAAAACUUCCUUUUUAAGAAAUAGAACUGAACAAUCCAGUUGAUGAGAAGGAAAGAGAUUCUAUUGUAAAUUAAUCCACUGCCCUUAUUUGGUUAAAAUCUGUUGCUGAGGAUGUAGAGCAUUACUAUUAUGAAAACAAUUCCAACUAUUACAUAUAUUGUGAUUUACUAAGUGCAGAGUUUUUGCCUGUAUAUUGUACCUUUUUAUUCCUAAACUCAACUUCCUGGAAUCAUUUCAUCUCUUAAUAUUAUUGCAUUGUCACACAUGAGCUUUUAGGUGACACCUAAUAUCUAAACCAUGACACCUUCUUAUUCCAGAGCAUAUAUUUUUUUCCACAAUGCCAAAAUCACCUCUUAGUCACUGUUAUUCUUGAGGGCAAACUUUUUGUGUUUUGUAUUUUAUUUUUUUGUUUAUGUUAGCAGUGUUAGCUAUGUUGAUUCUUACCUGUUUUUUUCCCCUUAUAAUAUGUAGACAUUAAAGAUUUUUUUCUGCUUGA